AUGGCCUCACCGAACGCGGCCGACGCGUCAUCUACGGCUGCAUCGACUAAAGAGACGUCUGCGACUACUUCAGGAGCCAAUAGAGCACGGACUGCGCCUCCAGCAGAGUCAAAAGAAGGCAUAUGGCUUCGUCGCGCGGCCAUCUUCUCCUUUUGGGCUGUCGUCGUCCUGCUGGGGCUGCCAGUAUGGUGGAAGACGACAGCCAUCUAUAGGGCGGAGCUUCCGCUCCAGGAUAUGACAGACUGGGCUGCGGGAAAGCUAUGCAAGCCCGUCUUCCCUCUGCGCAUCGCCGUCGAACCGUCGAUGCCCUCGCAUGACGCACAACAGUUGGUCAGAUUGACACAGCAUGCCAUUGACGACCUCAAUGAAUUCUCCGCGCACCAUCUUCGACUGAUUUCCACCACCUCCCCCAACACUGCCAACUCCUCCCAAGAGGUUGCCAUCGAUGGGAUGAGCGUCAGGAGUGACGACACGGACAACGCAUUGGUCGUUCGCAUGAUUCAAGUGGAGACUGGGGAGACACCUCGAUCGCAGUUGCAGUCGUAUUCGCCUACACUCGACGUAUAUUACUCCGCAAGUCAACUUCCUGCGCAGUCCUCGACCAGCUCACCGCUCGCUACCUUUAUAGCCCGGCAACUGCACACUGUCUUCGCCGAGGAACAGGCCCAGCUAGCAUAUCUGUUGGCGACCCAGCCCGGUGCGCAAGCUGCUAGAACCAAGGCGUUGUCUAUCGAGAAGUACAUCGAGUUGGACCGGCAGUCGACCAAGGUGUUGAAGUACGCUCCGACCUACCACCUCACAUUCUCGUUGUUCAGCCCCUCAUACACACCGUCCGCUUGGAACAUCGAAGCUGCCCUCAAGACAUAUGUGUCAUCUUUACUCGAGUCCUUUUCAGGCAUCAGCAACUUCACUGUCGACUCUCAGGUGCAGCUGUACGCUUCUUUCUCACCAUCUAUCCGUCAACCCGAGUAUGACGAAGACCUGAAGGCAUGGACGCUCCGCAGAGAGGAUCUUAGCGGCUUCAUCAACGCCGCCGAGUGGCCACUGACCCCGAGCAUCGGCGAAGGGCCUACCGUCAAUUUCAUCCUCUACGUCCCGGAUGCAAGCCAGUCUCCUUUGCUCGUCAAAGAGAAUGCAGGCAACAGUUGGUUGAUACCUCAAUGGGGUGGCGUUCACAUUCUGAACCUUCCAAGUGGCUCAAGUACAACCAACGUCUUGGCCGCCAAAGACCUCGCACCGGCCAUGCACACCUUCUCGGACCAAUUGACGACAUUAUUCGGCUUACCACAGGCUCCUGCAUCGUUGCCUCUUCGCAUAUCGACCCUUGAACGUGUGCGAGCUGCAUCACUCAUCUUCUCGGCCUCCUCGACGCUAGGCGCACUGGCCCAAGUCUAUCAAAAGAUGCCUUCUAUUCCGGUACCGGACAAUGUAGCCCAAUCCGUCGACUCAACCAUCACUCAUCUUCACCAAGCAUGUAACUUCCUUCGAGAAGGUCAAUUCCAGAGCGCUCUCGAACACGCGCGAGUUGCGGAAAUGGAGGCUGAGAAGGCGUUCUUCGAACGUUCCAUGGUCGGCCAGGUCUACUUCCCAGAUGAGCACAAGGUCGCUGUCUAUCUGCCGUUACUGGGCCCAGUUGCUGUGCCUCUAGUUAUGGCUGCGCUCAAGGAGCUCAAAGGCGUAAUUGCAGCAAUUCGCGGCAGGUGA